AUGGGUUUGGUAGAUUCAGUAGUUCAACCGCUUGGUGAUGGCCUCCUGCCGGCCGCGGAAAAUACUCAUAAGUAUCUGGAAAGGAUUGCUGUGGAUACAGCUCGUCAGAUAGCAGACGGAACGUUGAAAGUGACCAGAGAAAAACCAUUGGUUCAGAAGUUGAUGAACAAGGCUCUCACCAAUUCGUUCGUUCUCGAUAAAGUGGUGCUGAAGAUGGCUAGGGACAAGGUGAAUUUGAAGAAUUUAUUUAGCGGUAAUGAACAAACAGCUGGAAAUUAUCCGGCGCCAUUGAGAAUCCUUGAAACUGUUCGUAAAGGACUAGUCGAAGGACCUGUUGAAGGAUACAACUACGAAGCACAGUGCUUUGGUGAACUUACCCAAAGCUAUCAGGCAAAAGCUUUGAUUGGACUCUUCAAUGGAUCUACAGAAUGCAAAAAGAACAAAUUUGGAGAAGGUAGACCUGUCAAGUAA